GUUUGACACGCGCUCCCUGGAGGCGACGCCCCACCUCUCUCACCUCCGUUCCAGCCCCGCUGGCCCCAGUGCCCAUGAUCCCGGGGCUAGGCGGACCCUGGUCCGCACCUCCCUGCAGGCGCGUUGUCCCUGCUGGCCCCAGCGGGAUGGGCCUGAGCCCAGCAGCCAGCGGGGAGUUCGGGAUCCGCCUUUCCAGGGUCCCAUGGCCACGCCCCACGCAGAUCUCGAAGACCUCAAGUACAGAGUCAAGUGACACCCAAUCUGCAACUGGACAGUCAACUGUACCCCACUCAGACUCAGCGAGUUCUCAAGCGCUGUUGGUCCAGUUCUUGCCGAAGCAACUCAAGCAAGACCGCCGAUUAGAACAGGCCCGAAGCUUUCAGCAGGGAGAGAAGCCGGAAACUAGUUUGGAGCUCACACCCAGCAAGAAGAGGACAGAGCUGAUUCCAACAUCAAAUUCAGAGAUCGAAAGCACACAAAAAAACCAAGCAGUUGAGGGCAAUCCAAGACCCAGACCUGGAGACCUGAUUGAGAUUUUUCGAAUUGGCUAUGAACAUUGGGCCAUCUAUGUGGAAGAUGACUGCGUGGUCCACCUGGCUCCCCCAAGUGAGUUUGAGGCAGGGAGCAUCACCUCUAUCUUCAGCAACCGAGCUGUGGUGAAGUACAGCCGGCUGGAGGAUGUGCUGCACGGUUGCUCCUGGAAGAUCAACAACAAGCUGGAUGGCACAUACCUGCCGCUGCCGGUGGACAAGAUCAUGCAGCGCACAAAAAACAUGAUAAACAAGAUAGUUCAGUACAGCCUAAUUGAGGGGAACUGUGAGCACUUUGUCAAUGACCUCAGAUAUGGUGUGCCCAGGAGCCAGCAGGUCUAUUUUGUGGAACUGGGAAACCAUCGGAAACAUUCUGAAAACCUCCUUAGAACAUUUCCAGUAAUGAAGAACUCUCCCCAGAAACUCUUCCUAUUGUUCUCAGCUAUCUCUGCCUUCUUGCAUAUAUCUCAGUCCUGCCUUUUCAGACCCACUGUGUCGCUAGGGGGAGGAGGGGUGAGAGGACAUCAAGGAAAGCUGCGGCUUCAGGGCCAGCUGGACUUUAACCUGGCUGGAGAGGUGGCUCAGUGGUUACGUGCACUUGCUACUCUUUAGAGGACCUAAGUUUGGUUCCCAGGAUCCACGUUGGUAACUCUAACGUUAUCCUCUGGCCUUGUGGGCAUAGCACUCAUGUACACACACCCACAUACAGACACACGUACAUAUACAUGCUUAAAGAUGAAAAAGAUUUGCCAGGUGGUGGUGGCAGCAGUGGCGCACAUCUUUAAUCUCAGCACUCGGGAGGCAGAGACAGGCAGAUCUCUGAGUCUGAGGCCAGCUUUGUCUACAGAGUGAGUUCCAGGACAACCAGGGCAACACAGAAAAACCAUGCCUAGACAAAAACAAAAAAGUAUUAAAGAAAUUGAACACUUUUAUAUUAUACAUUAUCUCUUUAACAACCACAGCUGGACUCAGCAUCAUCCUGACACCCCUCCUGGACACAUUCCUAAAAUGCCCUCUGCCAGAUAAAUCACUUCAUAAUCUUUCAAUUUAGCUUCACUCAGAUUCUCAGGACAUGGUCAGAAUGAAGCCGGAUCCUUUUUCCAAAUAACACAUAAAUGGUCCCCAGCUCAGUUCCUGAUCCAGUCCUUGUUUCCCUUUGAAACCCCAGCAACUGGGCAUUUCUCUCAGCAUUCUUCUCUAUGAUCCCACCAGAAUUGCCCACUAAACUCCAUUUUCUAACCCCAGGUUCCAAACUCUUUCACAUUCCAUUCACAGAACAGUCUCAAAGGAAGAAGAGCCACCUGGUGAGGUUCAUUAUAGCAGUGACCUCACUUCUUGGAAGCAAUUUGUGACUUUGGGUCUGCUCUUGUUGCUAUGAUAAAUUCUCAGAUAAGGCAACUCAAAGGAGAAAGGGUUUAUUUAUUUAAUUUACAGUUCAAGGUUAUUGUCCAUCAGGGUGAGGAAGCCAUGUGGCAGGAGGGAAGUGGGCACAUUAUGUCUGUAGCCAAAAUAAGGAGCAGUGAAUGAGUGCAUGCUUGCUGCUCGAAAGUUCCCCUAACUUCAUCCAGCCCAGGGCUAGACCAUGAAAUAGUGCUGUUAGAAUGAAGCCAGAAUGAAGCCAUCCAGGGUGGGUCUUCCCACCUCAGUGAACCCAGCUAAGAACAUCCAGCCAUGCUCAGAGGCCCACCACAUGCAUCAAGUUCAUUCUUUACUGUUUAAAAUUUUUGGAUUUAGGUUGGGUGGUGGUGGCCCCUAAUCCCAGCACUUGGGAGGCAGAGGCAGCAGAACUCUGAGCUUGAGGCUAGCCUGAACUUGGUGAGUUCCAGGAUAGCCAAGGCUACAUACACAGAGAAGCCCUGUCUAAAACAAAACAAAACAAAACAAAACAAAACAACACAACACCAAACCUUUUUUAUUUAAAGCAUAACUAAUGAGACUAUUAAAAAUAACUUAUACUUUACAA